CAGGUCAGAGGUCUCCUAUCCCCCUCAAACCCCCACAGGAGUCACUACCCCAGGGCCAGCAUAUGGGUGAGGGGGCACCCCCUGGGGCCUGAGCUGCCCCACACAGGAUGCCCCGUGACCCCCACUUCAUGCCCUUGCUGCUACUGCUGUUGCUGCUCUCACUUCCCCACACCCAGGCUGCCUUCCCCCAGGACCCCCUCCCUCUGCUGACCUCUGACCUGCAAGGUAUUUCCCCAUUAUCCUGGUUCCGGGGCCUGGAGGAUGAUGCUGUGGUUGCAGAACUUGGGCUGGACUUUCAGAGAUUCCUGACCUUGAACCGGACCUUGCUAGUGGCUGCGCGGGAUCACGUUUUCUCCUUCGAUCUUCAAGCCCAAGAGGAAGGGGAGGGGCUAGUGCCCAACAAGUAUCUAACAUGGAGGAGUCAAGACAUGGAGAACUGUGCCGUGCGGGGGAAGCUGACGGAUGAGUGCUACAACUACAUUCGUGUUCUCGUUCCCUGGGACUCCCAGACACUCCUUGCCUGUGGAACGAACUCAUUCAGCCCCGUGUGCCGCAGCUAUGGGAUAACUUCGCUGCAGCAGGAGGGUGAGGAGCUGAGUGGGCAGGCUCGAUGCCCCUUUGAUGCCACACAGUCCAACGUGGCCGUCUUUGCAGAGGGCAGCCUGUAUUCAGCCACAGCCGCGGAUUUCCAGGCCAGUGACGCUGUGGUUUACAGAAGCCUUGGGCCUCAGCCCCCACUCCGCUCCGCCAAGUACGACUCCAAGUGGCUCCGAGAGCCACACUUUGUCCACGCUUUGGAGCAUGGAGACCAUGUCUACUUCUUCUUCCGAGAAGUCUCUGUGGAGGACGCCCGGCUGGGGAGGGUACAGUUCUCCCGUGUGGCCCGUGUGUGUAAGCGUGACAUGGGCGGCUCACCUCGGGCCUUGGACCGCCACUGGACAUCUUUCCUGAAGCUGCGGCUCAACUGCUCUGUCCCUGGGGACUCUACCUUCUAUUUUGACGUCUUACAGGCCUUGACAGGGCCUGUGAACUUGUAUGGCCGCUCUGCUCUCUUUGGGGUCUUCACCACCCAGACCAAUAGCAUCCCCGGCUCUGCGGUCUGUGCCUUCUACCUGGAUGAUAUUGAGCGUGGCUUUGAGGGAAAGUUCAAGGAGCAGAGGGGUCUGGAUGGGGCCUGGACCCCCGUGUCUGAGGACAGGGUCCCCUCCCCCAGGCCAGGAUCCUGUGCAGGAGUAGGUGGAGCUGCAUUGUUCCCCUCUUCUCGAGACCUCCCUGAUGAUGUCCUGACCUUCAUCAAGGCUCACCCACUCCUGGACCCUGCCGUGCCACCUGCCACCCAUCAACCUCUGCUCACCCUCACCAGCAGGGCCCUACUGACCCAGGUAGCUGUGGAUGGCAUGGCUGGUCCCUACAGUAAUACCACAGUCCUGUUCCUUGGCUCCAACGAUGGGACAGUGCUGAAGGUGCUGCCCCCAUGGGGGCAAUCUGGGGGCCCUGAGCCCAUUCUGUUGGAAGAGAUCGAUGCCUACAGCCCCUCCCGGUGCAGUGGGAAGCGGGCAACCCAAACAGCACGGCGGGUCACAGGGCUGGAGCUGGACACUGAAGGUCACAGGCUCUUUGUGGCUUUUUCUGGCUGUAUCAUCUACCUCCCUCUCAGUCGAUGUGCCCGGCAUGGGGCCUGUCGGAGGAGCUGUCUGGCUUCUCAGGACCCAUACUGUGGAUGGGACAGCUCCAGAGGCUGUGUGGAUAUCAGGGGACCUGGUGGGAUUGAUGUGCAUCCAGCUGGGAACCAGGAAUCCAUGGAGCAUGAUGACUGCCAAGAUGGAGCUACUGGGAGUCAGUCUGGGACAGGGGAUUCUGCUUAUGGCGUGCGACGGGACCUCCCGCCAGCCUCAGUCUCCCGCGCCGUCCCCAUCCCACUCCUCCUGGCCUGUGUGGCCGCAGCGUUCGCCCUGGGCGCCUCGGUCUCUGGCCUCCUGGUCUCCUGCGCUUGUCGCCGCGCCCACAGACGUCGGAGCAAGGAUAUCGAGACUGCGGGGCUCCCGCGCCCUCUCUCCCUUCGCAGCUUGGCCCGUCUGCAUGGGGCGGGCCCAGAGCCGCAGCCAACGUCCAAGGACGGAGGGGGCGCACAGACACCCCAGCUCUACACCACCUUCCUGCCUCCUCCCGAGGGCGUACCCCCGCCGGAGCUGGCCUGCCUGCCCACCCCGGAGUCCACGCCGGAGCUGCCGGUCAAGCACCUCCGCCACGCCGGGGGUCCCUGGGAGUGGAACCAGAAUGGGAACAACGCCAAGGAGGGCCGGGGCCGCGCCCGGGGCGGGAACACGGCGGGCGGCCCCGCGCCGCGCGUGCUAGUGAGGCCGCCGCCGCCCGGCUGUCCCGGGCAGGCCGUGGAGGUCACCACCCUGGAGGAACUGCUGCGCUACCUGCACGGCCCGCAGCCGCCCAGGAAGGAGGCUGAGCCCCCGGCCGCCGCCCCUUUCACCUCGCGGGCGCUGCCGCCCGAGCCCGCCCCCGCCCCCACCCUCUUUGCCGGCCCCUGCCUGCUCCCCCGGGACUGUGCCACGCCUCGGAGGCUGGACGUGCCCCCGGAGGGCAAGCGCCCGACCCCCGCCACCCGGCCUGCUCUCUCCGCCCCAGCUCCCCGGCUCGGGGUGGGCGGCAGCCGGAGGUUGCCCUUCUCCACGCACCGUGCACCCCCCGCGCUGCUCACCCGAGUGCCCUCGGGAGGCCCCUCCAGGUUCUCCGGGGGUGCCGGGAGACACCUCCUGUACCUGGGCCGGCCUGAGGGGCACCGGGGCCGCGCCCUGAAGAGGGUGGACGUCGAGAAGCCCCAGGUGCCCCUGAAGCCUCCCCUCGUCGGGGCUUCCUCGCAGUCGGCCGUCCCUAGUGGCAACCAUUUUAACUUUUAAAGGGAGCUGCUCCAAGGCCUCAAAUGGGACCCUCGAGGCCCAUGCCCUCAAAAGCCGUGAGCGUGGACUCAUCUCCAAGGACAGGUCACCUCCCUCUCUCCUUGUUCCACACCUCCAGCCUUCCUGGACUCUGAGAGUCUCCCGGGGUCCCUGCCGCCCCGGGUUUAUUUAUUGACUGCCGACUGUCUUUCCCCCUGUCCUCGAGAGAGGAGUGGGAGGUGAGAAGCUCGCCCCCUCAGUGAGCCAGCUUUUCGGGGGGAACUGGCACACUCCCACUCCCCCACCUCCCUCAGCCAAGCUGCCUUAACUCGCCCCUGCGGGCCUCCACAGACUGGGCCCCGGGCGGGCCGCACGGCGGACGGACGGGGCUGCGCCACGCCCGUUGUGUACAGAGUCCUCGGGCCUCCUGGGAC